AUGGCCUUUCAAUAUACCAUCGCUUUGAAAAAUCAGCAUGGCUCCCACUCUAAUUAUGGAGUCUUCAUGGAACCUCCUCAGUUCAGUGUUGAUCAGAAACCUUGGAUGAAUGUCUGGUAUACAACAUUUGUUCCAUCCGGUGGAGAUAUCACUAUCCAAACAGGUGUAGACUUUUAUGCUUGGGCUGGAAGUGUGAACAGCGCACCUGCGCCCGGUAUCAUCGUGUCGGGUGGCAUGGUUUUGAUGGCUGGACUUGGCACCUCGACUACGCCUGGAAGCACUUUUGAUCUCCAGGUUGAACAAUCAUUUCCAAUUCUCGCCGAGGUCGCCCGGAACGCUCCUUCUGGUGCAUAUGAAAUCAAAUGUGGCACAGACUUCGAUGAACCUAACAAUAAGUAUCUGGUUGGGCUUGCCAAACCAAACCACCGAGGACAAGUCGUCCCAGUUGCGUCGGUGGCUCCAGGAAAGAAUACGAAGGUUCAGAUUUCUCCAAAACUGAAGUUUUUCAUCGCGGAAACCCAACAUGUAGCAGGCGAAAUAGUUGACUAUAGCGCUGUUUCGAGUCGAGGUGCUACCAUUGAUUUUAGCAGCGGCGAGGGGUUGGGUAAACACCGUGCUAGUGUAGUCCAUGCUGCGGACGGAACGUUCACCGUGACAUACGACAGUUAA